AUCUGUGGACACAAGAUGGCGCACUUCAUAAUAAGAAGUUGUUGUAGAUUUCCCUCCUCAUCAGGGAUUAGGCGCUUUACAAACCACCAAAGUUUCCACCUAAAGCGGUGUAUAAAAACUCGGUUAUGUGUCCUACCUCCGUGUGGAGUCGGAGGAGCGCUUGCUCUGCGGGCGUACAGCUCCGACCGCGGCGACCCAAAGCCCCAUCAGAAGGUGGUGGUCGUCGGUAUCCCCAACCCUUUCAUCUGGCUCCGAACGCGGGUCUACUAUUUCCUCAUUAGAGCCUAUUUUGAUUCCGAGUUCAACAUCGAGGAGUUCACGGAAGGGGCGAAACAGGCUUUCUUCCAUGUUUCCAAGCUGCUGUCACAAUGUCAGUUUGCUGCUCUCGAAGGGCUGGUGGCCAAUGACUUAAUAGGAAAGCUGGAGGAGAAAUGCGGCCUUCUCCCGCCAAACUACAAGACGGCGUUGUUGGCGAGGCCUGACGAGCUCAUGUACACCACACCGGGCGAUGUAGGGAUCUACUACGAUGACAAGGGGAGACGGUUUGUGAGUAUUUUGAUGCGUUUCUGGUACCUGACCAGUGCCCGUCUGCCAGAAGAUAGUCUGGAGGGAACCCGUGUCUUUAAGGUGGCCAUCGGAGGAGAGGGGGAGGCGGAAAGCAAGAGGCUGCUAACCGCUAACUAUGAAUUUCAAAGGGAGUUUACCAAAGGGGUGGCGCCAGACUGGACGAUUACACGGAUAGAGCACUCCAAGCUUUUGGAUUGAGACAGAAGAAAUGGAAAAAAACUCCUACAGAAACGUGAACUUGAAUGAAUGAGCCCACAACAUACUGUGUAUAGUCUGCUGGUUUUCAGAAGCUGACUAGGAGCUUGUUCAACACAGAUUUGGAUGUGGAGCUCCCAUUUCCACAUUGAGUAAAUGUGGUUUGAGGCACAGUCCAUUUUGUUGACCCAUGUGUCCAAUCGUUUUCGGGUCAGCAUUGGUGUUUUUAAUACUUAUUCUGUAAGCGGAUGGAUAUUUGACUUCUGUCGCUGUCAAUGUCAUUGAAUGAGUUUUUAUUACAAGCAUUGUGAAAUAUUAAGAUGCUUGUUGGCCUUCACACUUGAAUGAUAUUGUGUUAGCAAAAUUGUUUGAUGAUUACUGUAUUUUAAACGCAUUUCACAAAAUGCUUUAUAGUGAUUGCAUAAUUCUGAUAAUGAAUCUGUGGACUUGGGUGACUGGCUCAAGAUUGCGGGCUCAUGACAAACACUGCAUACUGCUACUGACCAUUUUGUAGAUGUUUCAGUUGAUGAUUACGGUGACUGACCAAGUUAGCCACAUCACUGAGAAACUUGCAGCUCUAAGACUUGGUACUUCACUGAUUUGUGGCAGCGAACUCAAAUGAUUGACUCGAAAACGGUGACUGACUCAGUGGCGACAGUAUGUU